GAUUUCUCUCCUCCCCCGAUGCUGAACUGUCCCAAACAAGAGACAAAAACAAAUUUUCUGCACAAAGGAACAUAAAUACACUUGUCGUCGCGUUUCACGUCAGUUCAGUAUUGUUUCUGUCUUGACAUCAUCCGAUCAUCUCACGGAUAUCAUCCUAAUAUAAAACAUGGUUUCACCUGUUACUGUGGUGAAAAGCGAAGGCCCAAAGCUGGUGCCAUUCUUCAAAGCCACCUGCGUCUACUUUGUGCUAUGGCUGCCCACCUCCAGCCCAUCUUGGUUCAGUGCCCUUAUAAAAUGUUUGCCCAUUUUCUGUCUCUGGGUCUUCCUGCUGGCCCAUGGCGUCAGCUUUUUAGUAGCCCAUUCAAGUGCUAGAAAGAUCUUCGCCGGACUGAUAUUCUCAGCUCUAGGUGACGCCUUUCUGAUCUGGCAGGAGCAGGGCUACUUCAGUCAUGGGCUGCUGAUGUUUGCCAUCACACACAUCUUGUACUCCUCUGCUUUUGGGAUGAAGCCACUCAACCUACGAGCAGGCCUGGUCAUUGGCACUAUCUCAGGUCUUUGCUAUACCCUCCUCUACCCUUAUCUGUCUGGCACAUUCACUUACCUGGUGGCAGUCUACAUCGCUCUGAUCGGCUUCAUGGGCUGGAGGGCCAUCGCCGGUGUGCAGCUGGCCAACGAUCUGUGGACAUGGACCAAGCUUUCAGCCUGCCUGGGUGCUGUUCUCUUCAUGGUGUCAGACCUCACCAUCGCCGUCAACAAGUUCUGCUUCCCUGUGCCGCACUCGCGCGCCAUCAUCAUGGCUACGUACUAUGCAGCACAGAUGCUGAUUGCUCUUUCAGCAGUGGAGUGCCAGGAUGCUGAUGUAGCCAGGAAGAGAGUGUGAGGAGCUUAAAACCUGCAGAGGGUGGCGGCUUCACUCGUUCGGGUCCAUUCCCCCUAAACCAUUCAUCUUAAACAUCCCCUCCUCAGCAUGAUUCUGUCAGUUUUAUGUGUCUAUAGGGGUUUGACCACUGUUUGAGAGUUUCUGGGGUAUGGUAUAUGUUAGGACUGUAUGCUCGAUUUGUGGUCGAGUCCAAACCUGAUUUGGAGUCCAGUUUCUUCACUUUAUUUUUAUAGCCCAGUGUUAGAAUCUCAGUCAUGCGCAACAUGAAAUUGAGAAGCAAAGCACGAAUAGGAUUAAGGCAUUGUGUUCUCUUAGUUGUCUGUAUAGGAGUUGACAACAUUGCUAUGUUUUAAAAUAGCGUUUUGCUCCGAAGCCACACUGCUUGUUUUAUGUUUCACUUUUACCCAACUUUUAACGUCUCAGCUGGUCUGAAGAAAUGGGAGUUAUGUAGCCUUCAUGGUAAAUGUUAGCUACGUGCUGGUGUAAAAAGAGCAAUAUGUCCUGCAUAUAAUGUAGCUCUCGCGAUCAUGCAAGAUCUUGCAGUCACUCACACAUAAGCUCGCCACCUUUCCAACUGCUAGCACUCAUCCCGUCCACCCCGACUUAACCCACUCCCCAUCCUGUCAGGCAGUCACCUUCAAAGUUUUAGACAUGUCCAGAUUUUCAUGCCAUCGUUGUGGAUAAUCUCCAUGAUAUCUCCUAAAGAGAUGUUGUUUUUAUGAGAAUAUGCUGAUGAUAUUUAUACUUCUGUACUAGCUUACAUGUGAGGCGAAACAGUGGUGUUCAGUAGUGCGAAACAAAAACACAGAUCAAUGCCCCUAUAAAUAGAAAAAUCCACUUCAAAGGACAUGCACAGAAACGCCUCAUAAAAUGCCUUGAUAGUUAAUCAUCAGCAUUCUUAUUACUGCUGUCCUUCUACAGAUGUGUAAAUAGUGAUGCUCUGAUCCAGGUGUGACUUUUUACAGAUGCUGUAAGACAUUAAGGAUUUGUUUGUAGGAACUAAACUGCACCUAUAUUUUUGUUUUGCUGACAGGUCACAACCUAUUCAAGUGGUAACAGAGAGUCCGCUCAGUUGCACUGCAUUGAGCCGUAAUUUAGACAAACCUGGUAAUUCUUCUCACUGUGUCUGCUUCUCAAAGUCCAUUUUUUGGUCAAACCUAUGGUAUCUCCGUGUUUGAGAGGGUGUACAAUCAAGACUUAAAUGGUACUAUAUUGUCUUACAUGAUCCUCAUGAUAGUCAAAUAUUCUCUACUAUAAACAAGAGAUGGACAAUUCAGGAAUGACCAUACUGAUCAAACCAACCACAUCCAUAUUUAUUUAUUUAUUUGUUUUUGGUUUUUUUUAAUACUCUGAUUUCACUUUUGUGUACUUGCCCACAAGUCCAUUUAUCCACUUAAUGAUCACUCUGGGAAAUUGGUGGCAGAUGCCUCAUAUAGUGUGUGUAAAACUCAACCCAAGAUAUAUAUGAACCACUCACCUGUUGGGUUUCACACUGUGCUUGGAAGAGGACUUUAAUCAAUCUGAUUGCUUAAAAAAGUGCAUCCAAUCCUGUCCUUUCCAGUUAUUUUGAUAUACAAUGUACUGUAGGUCAUCAUUGAGUCUAUCAGAUGCCGUGUGAUGUUGCCGUGUGAUUUUUUCGUUGAAUAAUCUUUUCAAGGGAUCAGCAUCUUUUUUUUUUUUUUUCCGAUUGCUGCUAAACAGGAGGGAACAAUAUUUCAGAUGCUAUUGGGUGCUUCUGUUUGUUUAGCUGUUGUACUUGGGCUGGGUAUGUAAACAGUCCUGCGCACAAUGCCCUGCUGCCAUUUAGGUAAAGAAGAAGACAGAUCCCUGCAUGUCACCCAAACCUGAGUCUUUAUCCCCUAUUCCUCAUCACUCAACCUACUUACAUUAGUAAAUAUUUAUCUGUUUAUGCUGUUUUUUAAUUAUUUAUUGCAUAUACACCAUAAACAAUGCAACACAAAAAUACCUGUUAUGUAUAAUUUAUAGACUCCUUUUUAUUUAAUUUUCAGUAAUUUUGUUUCUGCAUUCAUGUUUAAUGGAAAAAUUAAGAUACAUUAGGGAUGUGAAACAGAGAGUCUCGUGCUGAAUGCGCACCCACUCACAUGCAUACAUUGUGACAUGCCGGGCACCUAAGUUCAGAGCUGUGUGCAGUUUCACUAGCUUCAUCUUCCCUAUCGACAGUCUUGCUGUCAGCAGAAGUGACCAGGGAUUUGCUUAGUCAGUAUAAAACAUGCAAUUCUAUGCAUAGUCAUCGAGGAAAAAAAAAAAAAAAGGUUUGUUUGCAGCUUUCACAUGUUGUCCUGUUUUCCACGUUCAGUGUUCAGACAUCAUCUGAGCAAGAGACAAAAGAUUGAUGACUCAAUAUGUAAGUGAAAAACUCACUCCUAGAGAAAGGAGGUUACUAGAAGGCAUUCUUUGUUUCGUUCCUUUGAGGUUCUAUGUUCAGCCCGACAUCAACGGGGUUUCAAGUAAAACUCCAUUAGAAGUCAAGAACUGAUCCCUUGAGGAGCGUUUUUUUUUUUUUUUUUUUUAAGUGUGUUGAGAUUUUGAACCAAUUAUUGUAGUAAGGUUCAAAUGAAAUGUAAAAUCUUAGCCUGUGUAAUACGGCUUUCUUAAAGACAGACCUAUAAAAGCUCAGAUGAUGUCAGGUUAAAUUGGAGUGUGUCGAACGCCGGCUCCGUGAUGUGAUUAUUUGUUGCUGUAUGUGUACAAUUCAGUAGAAGUCCAGUGUGAAAGUUGGCAUGCUAAAUGCAACAGAUCUGAGUUCCGUACCUCUCUUCUGCUUUCAGAAAGUAACGAACGCUACCCUGCAUGUGUUUCCCCCGAGAACUGAUCAGGUUCACAGGUUCAGACAAAUAUCCCACCAUCAUAAAGCCUAAAAAGCUUUGUUUAGAGUCUGUCCUGUAGAGGAGAACAGGUGCAGCCAAAGACGGCUGCAUGGAAACCUAAUCCAUAGAGAGGGGCUUUUUGAGUGAGGAAAUGCUGGACAACACAGGGGGAAGAUUCCCUUUCCUUCUGGCCUCCAGCUCACAGAAGGCCCCAUUCGACCCCUGCUAUGACUGAUCACUUUACACUCCCUGUCAACACUUCUACUGUUACUGCUUUUGUGUAUGGAGACAAAGGGGUGUAGUAGAGCGCAGUAUGAAUGCAGUGUUGAUGACAGUGUCUGUGUAUACCUGCUGUCUUUAUUAUACUGAGUAAGCUAUGGGUAAAGAAACAAAACUUGACUAGCAUGCAGUUUUUGUUCACUUUUUUGCUUUUAACAACCACCUUGUGUAAUACAUUCACUUUCAAUCCUCUCUGGAUAGUUAACGUUAACACAGCAUCCGUCUUCAUAAGCACUCAGAGAUCUUAAAGCAUCCGUAAAUGGGAAGCUGCUUCGAGUGUUAUCCUUUAAUCAAGCUUCUAGAUUUACUGCAUUUUAAAAAUGAACAGAUAGGUCUUAGCAAUAUCACUCUUGGUACAAACCAGAAAUCUACUGGGAACAAACGUAAAGUUUCUGAGCCUGUGUAUAUUACAUUUGAUUUUAACAUCAAGUCUGAUCGAGUUUUCUGUAUUGCUAUACCUGCUGGCGGCCAUCAUUCUCACACAAAAUCUCAUUCACUUUACUAUUUUUGUAAAUUGUUUAUAUUUGCAUAAAUACGUAUGCUGCCUUGUAGUAUGGUGAAAUGUGCUAAUGACUUUUGGAGUCGCACCAGAAUCUAAUGUUUUCUGCUUGACCUUUUGAUUGUUUUGUUUGCUGUGGUCAUCAGUUCAUGUAGACAGUUAAGUAAAAUAUUUCAGUCAAAAUAUUACAUUUCAACGCUAAAUUAAACAAAAAAAAAAAAAAAAGAUAA